AGCUGAGGGAGCGAUGGGGCCGCUCCGAGCUGGGACCGCGCUGUCCGUGCUGCUGCUGGCGGCAGGUGUAGUUCUGAGGCAGCCCCAAGAGCCAAAAGAGGUGUGGGGAUAUGUGGAAGUUCGGAGCAAGGCCCACAUGUUCUGGUGGCUCUACUAUGCAAAUAACCCAACCCGAGACUUCACAGAGUUACCUCUCGUCUUGUGGCUUCAGGGAGGUCCAGGAGCUUCAGGCUGUGGAUAUGGGAACUUUGAAGAGAUUGGUCCAUUAGACAAAGAAAUGAAACCAAGAAAUACAACCUGGUUGCAGGCAGCCAGUAUCCUGUUUGUGGAUAAUCCUGUGGGCACUGGAUUCAGUUAUGUGGAUGAUUGUAGCUUGUUUGCCCAAAACCUUACCACUGUAGUUUCUGAUAUGAUGGUUUUUCUUGGAGAAUUCUUUAAGUGUAGACCAGAAUUCCAGACCAUCCCAUUCUACAUAUUUUCUGAAUCUUAUGGAGGUAAAAUGGCUGCUGGAGUUGCUUUAGAGCUGCACAAGGCUGUUCAAAAAGGGACUAUAAAAUGCAAUUUUAUGGGGACUGCUCUUGGAGACUCAUGGAUUUCUCCUUUGGACUCUGUGCUGUCCUGGGGGCCCUACCUUUACAGCACUUCUCUCCUUGAUGAUAAUGGUCUAGCAGAGGUUACUGCUGUUGCCAAAGAAAUAAUGGAUGCAAUAAAUAAAAAUCAGUAUGGACUGGCCACUGAGCUCUGGAGCAAGGCUGAAGGUGUCAUUGAAGAGAACACAGACAAUGUGAACUUUUAUAACAUCUUGACUAAAGAGGUUCCAGAAGUGAAAUCAGAUGAACAAGAAAAUUUCCAUCUCAUGCGGCUUUACCAGCGCUAUGUCAGAAAAAUGCAUCAGAACAGCCUCGAUGAGCUGAUGAAUGGCCCCAUCAGAAAGAAGCUGAUGAUCAUUCCUGACUGUGUGAAGUGGGGAGGUCAGUCCAGACAGGUCUUUGAGAACAUGGCUGAGGACUUCAUGAAACCUGUCAUCGAUAUUGUUGAUCAACUUUUGGCAGCCAAUGUCAAUGUUACAGUCUAUAAUGGGCAGCUGGACCUCAUUGUUGACACCAUGGGCCAGGAGGCAUGGAUCCGGAAACUGAAGUGGCCUGAUUUGGAGCAGUUCAGCCAGAAAAGGUGGAAGGCACUGUAUGUGUCUCCAGAAUCCACUGAGACAGCUGCUUUCCACAAGGCUUAUGAGAACUUUGCUUUCUUCUGGAUUCUCAAGGCUGGGCACAUGGUACCAGCUGACCAAGGAGAGAUGGCACUCAAAAUGCUCAGGAUGGUGACCCAGCAGCAGGACUAGGGGACGGAAGGUCAGCUGGUCUGGCUUCCUGCCCAGCACCAGGGUUCUAAAAGAGUGUCAGUCUGGGAUCCUAAGCCAAAGAAGGCACAGUGGCUAUUUGGACACAGAGCCUCCCUCAUCUUGCUGAUACUAUGCUCAAGUGCUUGUGGAAAGACAUUUUUUUCCUUGAAUGUGUUAUUGCUUUUGAAUUUUUAAGCUGUGAUUUGCUGCCUUAACACUCUUCAUAAAUGACUCUUCCAGAGGGAAGUCCCCUGUCAUAAAGAACAAGCCCCGAACCUUUACCUUGGAAGGAUUUUGUGCUCUUGCCCUUCCCUGAAUGCUUCUUUUUCUGUUUGCACACCAAGAGUAAAACCGAUUUGACUUGA